GGGGGCGGGGUCUCUAUGGAAGGAGGGGGAGCGACAUAAAUAUGGGUGGGGGAGGGGCUGAGGGAGAGAAGAGCUGGAAAGGGCUGGAGGGCGGAGGGGAGAAGAGGGAGCGUCUGGGGGAGGCUUCGAAGCGCAGCUGAUCUGGGUAGUCCGAAGGAUGCUGGAGUAUCUGUGACAGAAGCAGACGGUGUGCUUGUGGACUGGAACCCCCGGUACCAUGGCCCUAACCCAUCCAACCAAUGUGGAGGAGCUGUAUGAGCUGCAGGAUAAACUGGGCAGUGGGCACUUUGCGACCGUUUGGCGAUGCCGGGAGCGUUCCUCAGGAAGGUCUUAUGCAGCCAAAUUCAUCAAGAUGCGUAGGAGGAAAGGGAGCCGACUGGGGAUAGAACGUGAAGUGGUAAAUCGAGAGGUGGAAAUCCUGCAGCAGCUGCAACACCCUCACAUCAUGAAGCUGCAUGACAUCUUCAUCUGCCAGGUCCAGAUGGUGCUGGUGUUGGAGUUGAUACAGGGAGGGGAAUUUUUCGACUUUGUGGCUGAGAAGGAGUCAUUGUCAGAGCCUGAAGCUUCAGACUUCUUGUUACAACUUCUGGAUGGAUUGGUUUAUAUGCAUUCCUUGAACAUCUGCCACUUUGACCUCAAGCCUGAGAACAUCAUGCUACAGCAGAAAGAUGUUAUUAAACCUAAGAUCAAGAUAAUUGGCUUCGGGAUGGCCCAGAAAAUUGAGAAAAACAUGUACCUCAACAGUCGGUGUGGGCUUCCAGAGUAUGUUGCUCCAGAGGUGAUCAAGUUGGAACCUCUCACUGUUGUUGCAGAUAUGUGGAGUGUUGGUGUCAUUACCUAUAUCCUGCUCAGCGGCAUAUCCCCUUUCCAGGGCGAAACAGAAAACGAUGUUGCCAACAACAUUAUCAAAGGCACUAUUGAAUAUGAGGACACAUGCUUCAGUUCCACAUCAGCCAUAGCCAAGGACUUCAUCGGCCAGCUGCUGGUUAUUAACCCCAAGGAACGGAUGACAUCAUCUCAAGCUCUCCUUCACCCAUGGAUUAAGCCUCUGACCAUCAAACAGGAGAGGAAUCGAGACUGCUCGUUUAGCAACAUCACUAACUUCCGCAAGUUCAAUUCUCAGCGUAAGUGGAAGCUGUCCUGCCACAUGAUCACCCCCUGCAGUCACUUCUGUGGAAUGAAUAUGCUCUAUCACCAAACCAAGGAGAAUGAGGAACUGAGAGCCUGUGAGAGUGACCAAGAGGAAUCCACAAUGCCCUCUGCCUCCCUUCUUCGCCGAAGACACAGCAGCUACUCCUGAGCCUGGAAAGCAGGGAUGGGUGGAGGAGAGCACUCCAGCUGGCUAAUAUGCUCUUUGCCUGGUUGGAGGGAGUAAAGGGCUGUGCCGGGGUAAUGGGAAGGGACAUGCUGUUACUCUUUGCUUCUAUACCCCAUGCCUCUUCCUUUCCAUACUCCACCCCUCCUCUCCAGCUUCAGUUUUUUUUCACUCAACAUGAAGCUAAUAUUCUCCCAGUG